AAUGUGACGACGGAUUCUUUGGCAAAAACUGUCAGGAUAGAUGCAGCAACAACUGUUUAACGCCAAGGGCGAAUGCAUUGUGCGAUAAAAUGAACGGCACAUGCUUAAAUGGUUGCGAAGCUGGAUAUCAGGGAUCACAAUGUUCCAUAAAAUGUGACGAUGGUAAAUGGGGCAUAAACUGUACGAAUGAGUGUGGGCAAUGUUUAACGAGACCAUGUAAUCAUGUGAAUGGAUAUUGUCAAGAUGGAUGUGCUGCUGGUUAUAAGAAGACAAAAGAUUGCACCGCUGAAUGCGAAGAUGGAACAUACGGUAAUUCCUGUCUAUUUAUCUGCAGUGACAACUGUAAAGGAAUUUGUAAUAAAAUUAACGGGACGUGUGAUGAGUGCCGUCAAUUUUGGACGGGUCAUUUCUGUGAAAAGGUUUCAGACAAGAUUUUAAGUGACACAGAAGUGUUAGCAAGAUAUCAAGAAACACUAAAGCUAAAAAUAGUAUUGAUAUGUGUCGGAAUCCUUUGUGUGAUUCUUGCUGUGUACGCUACUGUAAUAACUGUCUUGUUUAAACGUAAGACGAAACAAAAAGAAAAAGAAGAGACUAGUGGCAGUUUCAGCGGAAGAACCCAGGGUGAUGCUUAUGUAAAUGAAACGAAUAAAACAGAGUCUGUAACGUAUGAACUAGCAACAGAAGCAACAACUGGACUAGCGAGAAUAAACAUAAAUACCAUUGACGAUGAAUCUCAUCAAUACACAGAUGUGAAUCCCGAUACGAAAGAUGUCGAAGCAGUAUAUGAAACUAUUCAACUUGAAUGGCCAUACAUCGAAUUUCCAAUUUGUCAUAAAAGCUAUAGAAAAGAAGAUGAAACAAUAGUGUUAACUAUGCAGUUGUUUGGAUAUUUGAUAGUAGGAAAUGUGAUUUUGAACUUUGGGAGUUGUGACAGUGUGUGUCAGUUUGAUCGUGUUGGACCAAACUGUCAGUUCAAAAAUAUUGCAUACAAGAAACUGUCACGUCAAGUCAGUAAUACCAUUCCACCACACUAUUCUGACGAAGCUAAUGAUGACAAUUUAGCAACGUGUAGCUAUACGUCUGAUGAUAGUACUAUUGCACCUUGGUGGAACCUUUGGUUAUCGGAGUACACAACAUUCAAGAAACUUGAGUUUGUCACUGUAGACAGUCAUCUGAGUCAUUUUCCUUACUUUGAGGUAAAAGUGUACAAUACAACCGAAUUGAAUUUUCAAAAGAAACGGACAGUGUCAAAAGGAAUAGUUUGUAAUAAUCAUAAUAAGUCUGAACCACAAAGCAAAAAGAUUAACAUCAAAUGUGAUGGAUAUCCUGUCGGAAAUCUAAUAAGAGUUCAACUUCAUAGAAAAAGAGAUCAACUUGUACUUUGUGAUUUUCGAUUAUACGGAGACUGUUUAAAUGGUUUUUAUGGAAAUGACUGUCAAAAAUGCAGCGACAACUGCGAAUCUUCGGGACAUCAGUACUGCGAUUCAAACAAUGGGCUUUGCUUAAAAGGUUGUACACCGGGUUGGAAAGGUGAUCACUGUGAAACAAUAUGUGGUAUUGGAUAUUAUGGUAAAAACUGUAGCCGUCCAUGCAGUAGUACAUGCGAAAGGUCAAGGAACUUAAAUAUAUGCAACAACAUGAAUGGCAAAUGUUUAAGUGGUUGUAAAGCUGGAUAUGAAGGCUCUUUUUGUGAGAAAGAAUGUGACGAUGGUAAAUGGGGUUCAAACUGCACAUAUGAUUGUGGUAAAUGUGAUAAAUCUGUGUGUAAUCAGACCAAUGGUGUAUGUGAACAAGGAUGUGCUCCAGGCUUUAAAUCACGAAGAUGCACUGAAAAUUGUGAUAAUGGAUCUUUUAGCAAAGACUGUAAGAAUAAAUGCAACAGCAACUGUUUAAGGUCAGGGGUGAAUGCAAUAUGCGAUAACGUGGACGGCACAUGCUUAAAUGGUUGCAACGCUGGAUUUCAAAGAUCCCAUUGUGACAAAAAAUGUGACGACGGUAGAUGGGGCAUAAACUGUACAAAUGUUUGUGGGAAAUGUUUAACCUCGCCAUGUAAUCAUGUGAAUGGAUAUUGUCAAGAUGGAUGUGCUGCUGGUUAUAAGAAGACAAGGGAUUGCCACUCUGAAUGCGAAGAUGGAACAUACGGUAAUUCCUGUCUAUUUAUCUGCAGUGACAACUGUAAAGGAAUUUGUAAUAAAAUUAACGGGACGUGUGAUGAGUGCCGUCAAUUUUGGACGGGUCAUUUCUGUGAAAAGGUUUCAGACAUAAUUCUAAGUGACAGAGAAGAGUCAACAAGAUGUCAAGAAACACCAAAGCUGAACAAAGCAUUUAUAUGUGUCGGAAUCCUUUGUGUGAUUCUUGCUGUGUACGCUACAGUAAUAACAAUCUUGUUCAAACGUAAGGCGACACAAAACGGAAAAGAAGAGACUAGUAACGGUUUCAGCGGAAGAACCAAGGAUGAUGCUUAUGUAAAUGAAACGAAUAAAACAGAGCCUGUAACGUAUGAACAAGCAACAGAAGCAACAACUGAACUAGCGAGAGUAAACAUAAAUGCAACUGACGAUGAAUGUCAUCAAUAUACAGAUCUUACUCCCGAUACAAAAGAUGAAGCAACAUAUGAAUCUAUUCAACUUGAAUGACCAUUACUUUAACAAAAGUGUGUGAAUACGUGUCUUUUUAAAAUUACAGUUUACUGUUUAAGCCUUUUAUGAUAUCAUAAUAAUUAAUCUAUCAAUUGAACUGUUUUGGUUUAAUCUACUAUGUGCUUUGCAUUGAAUAUGAAAAUCAAGAUCAACAAGGGAGGGGGGGGGGGCUUGAAAUUCUGAAAAUGUAUUUUGUGACAACUUUUGCUGUGUUGACAUUUUUAGUAUGUAUGUUACAUGGAAACCUUGUUUGCUACAAGAAAGUAUAGUUAUAUAGUUCGUGAUCUCAAAUGAUUUUGUGCCAUGUUAUUAAUAUUCAUGAAAGGAUAGCAUCAUAUUAUUAUGUAAUACCUCUCACACCCGGCUUAAGUUGUCAGUUCAUCUAGUCGUUCAAAACUUUGAAGCCGCUGCCAGAUUCUCGUAAAAUCUUUUGAAAAAAAAAUCUGAUUUUAGUUUACUAUGAAGUAUCCAAAAGGCGCUAUGUAUGUUUCGUUGCAGUUAUCAACUAUUUCGGGGAGAGAUCUCACCUUUUCGGAUGGCCAUUUCAAGACUCAUGUUAAACUUUAUUUCUGAGAAAGGCAUAUUUCAUUUUUAAUGCUUUAACUAUUUAUGUUUAUGUUUGCCUUUCAGUGUAAUUAUAUAAAUCUAGUCGUUAUAUUUACCACAUUGUUUUUGAAAAGUCAUACUUUUUCAGUAUACUAGAUACUUAUUUUAUCGCAUUUCUAUAAUUAAGUUAUACUUUUAAGAAAUUGACAUGUUAUAUUGAUUAUAAUAAUCCUACAUGACACGCAUUAGGAAUCAUUCUUUACUUUAAGUUAUACCCCUAUAUAUAUUUUUAUAUAUUUAAUCCAAUACGAUUUGUGUCAGCAAUCCAUCCUUAGAACACAAGUAAAAACCCGUUUACCACUAGGUCAUGCCACCAUUUUAAAACAGUAUUCAUAUAUAAAUAUGAUUUUUGUUAUCUUCACAAACCCCUUAUGAUAUUUAAUUGAUAAAUGUAUAUACUUUACCUGCUUUUUUCUUUUAACUGCAACAUUAUUAUGCUGAUAUUUGAACGAGUAUGUAUGUGACCUUGUUUACACUGCACAAUGUUAUUUACAUGUUGUUGUGAAUGGGUUGAAUGAAUUAACAAAUUAAUGAAAAAUGAAUGAGUAUAUGGUGGAAGUAGGAAAUAAAUGAUUGAAUCAAUCAACUUGCCUACUUUUGUAUCUAAUCGUAUGUUAAAAUGUUUUAAUUACUGAAGCAACUUGGUCUAUGUUACGGUAUAUUUUCCAAGAUGAAUGCAGUCUUGGACUGUCGUAGUAAGUCAUUCUUUGUUUAUUGAUUGCUUUUGUUUUUAUUAACAUCUAAAUUAACAAAACCAUGUUGACAUUAACCAUAUUUUAGAUGUAUGUAACGUAAUAAAUGUAAUUUGCGAGCAAACGGGAAUUAUUAAAUGAUAUUGUGA